GAAGUCGUUGCUGCCGUCUACUGGUCGAUGCGAGAUUGUGUGAACUGUAGCCUCUGCCUAGACAUUCAAGGCACGAUCAGUCCAACUCCGACUAGGACGGAAAUAUGUAGCCUACCAGUUCACGAACAGGACUGUUACAAUUAUUUUGAUGAUUCUGUGCAAAUUUGGAGUUAAAGCUAUAUGAUUCCCUUCGCAAAUUUGGCUAAGAACCCAGAAAGAUGCCACAGAAAACACUGGGAUCCAUUAUAGGGCUGCUUUGCACCGGGACCACCAUGGUUCAGGCGAAGGAGUUCUGUUUCGGUGUCAACAAUGAACAAUACAGAUGCGAGAUGGGAUACUGCUGCGGGGAAACGGAGUGCUGUACCUACUACUACGAACUGUGGUGGUUCUGGCUGGUGUGGACCCUUAUCAUCAUGCUCAGCUGCUGCUGUGCAUACCGUCACCGUCGCGUGAAGAUGCGGCUCCAGCAGGAGCAGCGUCAGCGUGAGAUCAGCCUCAUGGCCUACCAGGGGGCCUCCAGCUCCUUUGUGUCCCCACCUCCCCUAAAUCUGCGCUUCUGGAACGACUGCAAACUGCCAGAUUAUGAGGAGGUGGUUGGCCAUCCUCCAACGCCCCCUCCACCUUACUCAGAGAUGCCCCCAGAGGUCUCCCCGCCUGGCCAGGCCUCCGCUUCUGCCUCUGCUGCCAUCGUGUUGGAGCCCCUCAUGGAGCAAGAGGCCGCACUCUCCAGAGACGAGCAGCACUCUGCAGCAGCAGCAGCAGCCUCCCCGGCCUGCCUCUCCAGCCACCAGCAACACAGGAUGGUGGCGGUGGCGGUGGCAGCAGCGGAGGAGGAAGACGAGGGGCCUGGAGACCUGCCGGAGGAUGAAGAGGAGCUGGGGACAAGGCGGAGACAUGUGACGGGCGACUCAGGGAUCGAGGUGUGCGUUUGCCAGAUGGACGUCGACGAAGAGUCCGACGGCGAGAACAGCCGCGACCGCGAGGAGAGGGCCGAGCGUGAACAGCUGUGCCAGGGAGGCGCCAGGGGCGAGUGCUGCACCGAGAGAGAGCGGGAGGUCGCCGUGCGUCACAAGGACCACAGCCCUGAGCCCCAGACCCAACCGGCCAGCACCGGAGACCGACUGGUCUGAGACAGUGGCCCCUCGGCUGCACCCACUCGCCAUACGCGCAUUGAAAGAGGACUGUGCUUGGCCACUACAGUCAUCGUCAUCAUUGAUGUUGCCGUCAGGCAAAAGCCUGAUGUUAACGUCAAAGCUGCCUUCCCUAAUGGUCUUUAUUCCUCAAGUCCCUCCAUUACAAUUAAGCUACAUGUCAGCUUUAUGUAUGUACAAUGGUUAAGGUGGUAGAUGCUGAUGAUGGAACUGAUAUUUUUGAAGUUGCUUAAUGCACGGUUUAGGGUUAAAGUUGUUCAUUCCGGUGGAUGGCUUAUUUUGUUCUUUUUUUUUUAGUUUGUUUUCUUUGUGUUUUUGGCAUGGAUGAAUGAACAGGUUGUUCAUUUCUAGUGUGUGUAAGGCUGGAACUGAAAGGUCACAAGGAAACAGCUGCUAAGUCACAAAGUGGCUGACGGCGGGAGCUUUUUAAAGCGCUGUUCUCUCUCUCUCUCGUCGCCCCCUGCCCCCCACCCCCACGCAACCAUGGCACACGUGUAGCCCCCGGCGUGGCGUUCCCAUUCAUCCCCCUCUGGCAUGUAAAUACCACUCGGCCCUCCCAUGUGACGCCCUACAGCCCAGGACUUCCAAGUCCAGCAGCGGCCCCUUAAGCACAUGGCCGCAUUAGAAGACUACGUUUCCCAACAGUCCCCUGGGUGGACCCUUGCUUGUCAUGAUUUGUAUAUAAUUUUUUUUUCUUUUUCUUUCUCUACCUUAGUGGGUCUGGUUGUUAAAAAAAAAAAAAAAUCAAGCUACUGUGCCUUCUAUAUGGCCUUUCAGUCAAUCUUCGAUCAGUAGUCGGGGGACAUAGGAGGAGAACUUAAUCCAUUUUCUCCCUUCACGUUUGACUUCGUUGGUGUGCUCUGUGACAUUAUCCCCAGUGCUGGGCCUGCUAGUUGCGGUCUAAAAAAAGCCUGUGUUAGUGUUUGUGCACACUAGCUGGUUAUCAAUGACGUCAUCGUGCCCACCACAAAUGGGGGAGUGUGUGUGCGAUGUCGGGGGGAGGGUGGGUAGGGGUGGGUGGGGAUGGGUUGGUGGCACAUUCCUCUAAGAUGGCUGAUUACGAUCUUUUGCAGUACCGUGAGACUCACAAGAGCACUCUAACUUCCUUCGAUGUAAAGCUAAGGAGGAGUGGCACAAAAUGAAUUGGUUGAAUUAUAUCCUUGGAUUUAUCCUCCGUAUAAGUUUCAAAUGGUUUUGCUUUAGUUCAUAUUGACCUGCUUAACAAAGCUCUCAUUGGAGUUGCUCAGUGUCCCUUUGUGCUUUUGGGACUUUUUUGGCAAAAGUGUAAGACUAAUGUCUUGUUACUGAGUGUGUGGAUAGCUCUGUAUGCGUGUGUGCGCUUGUGUGCGUUUUAUGAAGUGGAGUGCCCUUUGGAUGUGCACCUAACACGCAUGGCUUCGAACCACUACAACGAGUGCAUUUUUUUUUUUCUGUACGUAUAUGGGUUAAGGUAAAAUGCUUUGAUAUCUUACAGGUGUGUUUCUCUUAAGCCGACACACCGGGUGUCCCAUAGGGCUGGUUUGCCGAAACUAGGCGUUAGGCUUUUAAACUGACAGACCAACCAACCUGCUGCGGUCACGGUUGGUUUUGGUAGAGGCGCAAACACAGGACAGUUAACGUGUGUCUGUGCUGUGUGCUUAAGCUGCAUCAGCUUCCCUGUUUUUCUUCAGUCUGCAGCGCUAUGCCUCUCUGACAUACAAUACAGGAGGACCGAGGUGGCUGGGCGUAUAAGGGGGUUUAUCAUUGAUUGUACACAGAGUUGCUCUAUCUCAGCAUUGCCGUUGCCAGUGAAAGGUUUUUUUCUAGGGGUGUGCAUGCAUAUGGAUCAUUUAAAAUCUUACCCAUAACUUCCCAUGAUUCUGUUCAUCAUUACAGAUUAACAGAAUGGGGAUAUUAAUAUUUGUCUCAAAGGGUUGUCUGGCUGUUCAACUAUCUGUGCACACCCCUAGCUUUGUCACCCCCAUCACCGCCACCACUUCAGAGGCUCCUCAAGCCCCCCAGGACCGUCUGUGACUUUGUAUGAUAAAAAGCGUAAAACGGUCUUCAUAGCAAUGGUCCUCCUGUGGUAAACCGUGUCACCUCUGUGGUCACGCUCCAUAACAAGCACAAGACUGUUCAGUGCACUGUGUGAGCUAAAUGCGCUAAGCCCCGUCUGUGUCGAAGCACACAAAAGCGUCAACAUCCACGUACAGUACCAGAUGAUAAACUGAUGAUCAUCAAAGAUGAUCACAUUUUGACCUUUUUGUCUGUGUUCAAGAACAGUGAACAGACUUGUAAUACACAAGCAAAGAGUCAAGCAGAACCAGCUGCAGGCCACCAUCGAUUGCAGAUGUUGUUUGUCACACCAGAAGCUGCCUUGCUUGGUAUGUCUCCAUAGAGAUGUGCCGACCACUCCUCUGGGCGAAUGGGUGCAUUGUGACGUGCACUGGUACAAUCAGGAACAAAAUGGCCGUUUGUCGGAGGGCAACCAUAAGCCAGGGCCUUAUGAGAGUGUGAAUGUUGCGGUUCAAGCAUCUGUAUCUUGCUCGCUCGUUCUGACAUUUUCCGAAGCACACACUGUGCAUGACCUCCUUUGACAGCAGUUUCAGGAAGCUCGCCCUUGACAGUGUGGAGGAUGCGAUGUGGUCUAGGAGCGAAAGAGAAAGAGCACAAUGUUUUGUGUGUGCUCUUUAUAGUUUGUAGAUAGCAGUCUUCUCUGAAGUCCCUUUACUCUCCCUGUAGUAUUGUAUGCCCCCUGUUCUCCCAAUGUCCUAAGUAACGCUGUCACGACUAUUCAGUAAAUGAUAUGAGGCACAUGGUGGAAUGCAUGCUGUUGUGGUUUCACAGAUAAGGGGGAUGCUAUUUACUGGUGCCCCCCCAACCCCCUUCCCCCAGAGUUACUUAUCGGAGAUAUCUGUGAAUAGAUGUAGAAGUGCAUGUUUUUGUAAGGAAUAGAAAUGAAUGUUUGUUUGUUUGUUUGUUUGUUUGUUUUUCUUCUUCCUCCCUCUCUGCAAGUUACUGAAACCUGAUGUAAGGGGUUCAGAUGUUAGGAACAGGAGCUCAAAUGGGCCACUCUCAAUGUUCACUCAUCUUUUUGUGUGAGCAUGUUUUCUGCCAAAAACAAAACUCAAAAAUUGUUGGCCUGACAUGUUUACUUUUCUUUUUUCUGUCUCUUUUUCUCCAAAAAAGGGCUAUUGGUCAUGAUUUCAUGAGCGCUUUGGUAUAAAACGACCACUGUUCUUUUGGUGUGUGUAUGUGGUCAUGUUGAUACACGUACGAUUGUAAUCUUUCCUUCUUCUGUAGCUCUGCUUCUGAUAUGUGUUAUUUUUCCAGUUGUGUAACAUUGUUUUUGCCCUCCUGUGUGUGUAUCAAGAGGUGUGUAACACCUGUGUCUCUCCCUGCCUGUCUGGUCCCUGAGGGACUGACCCCCACCACUUUCCAUGUGCCUGUUGUUCUUAGCCAUGCUAACGUGGGGUGUUAGCAUGGUGGAGGCAAUUAUGCAAUCAAGCCUCAUGUAAUCCUGUAAUAUCAUGGUUACACAGAAAACAGAUUGGAAGAAACAUGGCUAUUGGAAAAUGUCAUAGAUCCACUUUCCUCUUUGAUGGUUGGGUGGCACAUGAGAGAAAUGUAACAAACGUCAAGAGCUUCCCAUUAAUAUGCCGGUAAUAAAACGUUCUGGCAGUGACUUUUAUUCGUACAAGCAUGAUGCAGUUGGCAUGAGAUCUCAGAAUUCUGAUUCACUGUAUCUGGGUGUAUCCCUAACCGCUUUGAACGUUGUUAAAAGGGGAAGUUUAAGAAAUGCUGUUUAUUAUGUCAUUUAUUAUUCCCGUUCUGACUCAAACAGAAAACAUUUGAAUCCCACCGGUCCCUUUAAAAGCCCUCUUUUUGUGUCCUCCCUUAAGUCAUUUUCUCAGACUACACACACACACACACACACACACAAAACAAAAACCUGAAACAUGCUUGAGGCUGGAAAGUUCCUUAAGGGUGAUUUUCAUCAGUAGAACAUCAUUCGUGACAUGGAUGUUUACAGUUUCUGUGCCUUGCUCCCACUUGGACCAACGUCUCUUGAGUGAUGAUGUGCUCUCAUCUGUUCUUGUACCAACCCCCCCCCCCCCCCCCCCCCCUCUGCUAAAGCCUCAAUUGCUCUCCUGUACUGUAACGAACUAGGCUAUGCAAAAAAAGAAAAAGGAAGAAAAAAAACAGAUGACCUACUGUCGUAUGCUGCAAUAACCCUCUCUUUGUACGUCCUCCCUGAUGGUCCGUCUAAGCAAUACUCUAUCCUCCACUACUUGUUGCACUGUACCCCAUUUGUCAUUUUCUUUGUUUAAAAAUAGAUUUAAACGACUUUACAGAAUUGACUGAAGACUCGGAAUGAAACAAACACGUGUUCAUUACUGCGCUGAUGGGUCCUCAGAGUAUAACUACAUUUCUAUUAUUUCCUCAAGGUUAAAAAAAAAAGAAAAAAAAAGGAAAAAAAUAUAAACUUCAGAAAAGCCAUUACUAUUUUGUUCAGGCAGAUGCGCCCAUAGGGCAAUUUAUUCAUAAGUUCAUUCUUAUUGUUUCGUGUUGGAGUAAAAUGACUGCAGUUCACAAUGGACUUGUAUCAUUGUUUUUCUCAAGCCCCUGCAUGUUGCUGCAGUGUGAUGAUUCACUGUGAGUAACCCUCUGUGGUCUCCAUGAACACUGUUGGAUGCGUCCAGCAAACCAAUGUCUGAUGUCAUUGCCUUUUUAUCAAUCUCAACUCCUCAGGCGUUUGUUUAUGGGAUGACGUAUGAUGUGUAUUACCAAGCUCAGUCUCUGUGGUAAGCCUUUUUUGAGUUUAAUUGCAACCACUUCUUUGUUUUGCUGUGCUUGCAGGCUCUGUCAUGUCAAUGGACAUGUUGUCAUUGCCACAACCAAGACAUGGACAACUAUUACUUGGGGCAUCAUCAAAGAUACUGUACGAGAUGCCAUGCUAUUAUAAAGGAUCAGUAAUCAUUUCCUUAACAUGUAUCUGUUAUACUUAUCUCAUACAAUAUGGGGUUCACAUUUAGUUUUGCUGUUCAACAAUGUUCAGCUCAACAACAUAUAUUCAGUACUUCACACAAUGCUUGGUUUUAUGACUGAUAUUUCUAAAUAUGUCUUCUUUUUCUUUGUUUAUUGGGUGGUAGUUGUCAGUCAAAUGCCAAUGUUGUGGUUGGUUUGUGUGCAGAAUGAAAUGAAAUGCCAACGUGGGGGGUAGGAGGGCUCUAACAGGAAAUAGUUGCUCACAAGCACAGGCUCAUCUCACAUUUACCCCUCCCCCUAAACAACGCCAAAUAAAGAUUGAGAGGAGGAAAAAUGAAAAAAAGAAGAGAAUACAAGCACUGAGAUGUGUGGAUGUGUGAUGAUGUUCUAAUCCUCUGGUUUUAGUAAAAAAAGAAAAGAAACAAUGUCUGCUGUGUACUCUUUUUGCUUAUCAUUUGUAUUUUAUUUUUGUAAUAAAAACAAAUAAAUCCAUUGGCUCUCCA